AUGCCACUCGGUCUGGUGGAAGAUGGAUCGCCGCUGGCGCACUCAGACACGUAUUCGCGUUAUCAGACCACGCAGAAAGAAAAGAUUAAGAAUCAGCUGACAGCUGUCUGGCUGCAGUGGAUGUCUCAACAUAAUUCCACGGAAGAUGAGACUGUGUGUCGGGAGGGAAAGAGCCAGGCAGGCAACUACGGGGAAUUCUCCACUCGUGACAACCCGCUAGAACACCCGACGAUCACGCUAGCCUUGCGUCGGGAUGAUGAACCCGGGAAACCGUCGGUUUCAUGCUUUGUAAAUCUGCCGGCACCUCAUUCGUUUCCGAUGGACACUGAAGACGAAUUCACCAUUCUCCAGGAUCUUGCCGUCCGACAUGCCCAUCUGCUCCGACUGGCCUUGCAUGGUAGGGCAGUGCAACACCACACACGACUCCUUAGAGCACCUCCUGUCUCUAUUCAGCGACUGAAGAUUGGGCAUGUUGUCGAGGAGGAUGAUCGUAGUCUUCUGUCGGAGCUGUUAGAUGUGGUGCAGAGGCGGGACUGGCUUCCUCGGCUCGAAGAACUCAUAAUCGAAGCUGAAGAUGUAGGGAACAAGCCAGUGGAUUCUUUGAUACAAGCAUGCACGGCCGCUGGUGUUACAUUUACCCCUAUAUUACAGCAGGUCUGGUAG